UAAGAGAAGGGUGUUCCUCCGAAAGAAUGAGGAAAUAGCAAGAAUCGGAAAAACUCCGAAUGCUUCCGUAUAUCUCUCCACAGAUGCAGUGCUGGUUGGAGGCAGUUGCCAGCAAGUAAUCUAGGCUGCCGCAAACCGAAAUCUUGUGUGAACACAACAGGCACCGGUGGUUUUGACCAUGGCUGAUUCCUCGGUGACAUUGCCCCCGAGAACGCUAGGCGGGGGCGGCGGCGGGCACGGAGGUGGGGACAUGAGGAACCCGGAGUACAUAGCCUUCGUCCUGGUGCCCGUCUUCUUCCUCCUGGGUCUGCUGGGAGUCCUCAUCUGCCACGUGCUGAAGAAGAAGGGCUAUCGCUGCACUACGGAGGCGGAGGACGAGGAGGAGGCCGCCCGCGUUGCCGAGGAGAAGGACCUGGAGAUGGCUGAGAUGAACAACGCCUACAUUGAGGGCAACAACGACACCGUUGGACAAAUCGUUCAUUACAUCAUGAAAAAUGAAGCGAACACCGAUGCCCUCAAAGCCAUGGUUUUCAAUACCAGCGUUGAUUCUGAUGGACCACCGCUGACGCCCACCUCCCCCAUGACCCCCACCUCCCCCGGGACGCCCCUGUCCCCCGGGGCGCCGGCGGGCGCGGCCAAACACACCUGCAACCACCUGCACACGGUCGGAGGAGUCGGGGCCAACCGGGUCAUCUGCAACCGCUGCAACCACAAGAAGUGGCCCCUGAUGAGGCGCUCGUCCGGCAGGAAGGCAGCGGAUCGGAGGAGCCACGUGGAGGUCACCGUUCUGGCUGUGGGGAGGUUCCGGGUCACCAAGUGUGACAAGGAAAGGCCCCUCAAAGAACGGCGAACCCUCCUCGUCACGGACUCUAACGGCAGCUUGCCCCGGUCGCCCACGGAGACGGAACACCCCAAGAGCAGGACCGCCUCCGAGUCACAGCAGGAGCAGAAAUCCAAUGCAAAAUGACGGGAGCGCGGAGGCUUCCUGGAGAGAGAGGAGGGGAAGAUCUGAAACACAUUUUUAAAUCCGGAGUCGGAGCGUUGGAGAGCCUGCGAGGUGCUAGAGACAGACUGAUUGACGGCAAGCCAGUGGCAUGUCCCGCCCCCUUCCAUGCACCAAUCCCCUGCCAGGGUCUGACAAGUGAAGACUGUGGUGAUGGUGAAUUUGAGAAUGAGGGACCACUCUUUUAGCCAUGGCUUACAUCAAAACCAGCCCUUUGUCUCAGGUCAAGGUAGUAGUUUUACUAUACCCCAUGAGUAUAGUAAAACCAGAAAAAAAAUGUGCCGGUCCCCAUGAGGCAAAAGUCAUUUUCUGGCUCAGGGUUUAGGCUCAAACUUACAAUUCAUUUUAGAGUUAAAACUGGAUUAGGGCGCGUGCGCACAAGCUUACAUUACAGUGCGCGCAAGCUUCCGUGCGUGCGCGUGCCACCAGCUAUUAGCCCUCCCCGCGGUGAAGCCAAGUCCACUCCAGCUAAAAGGACAAUCUCUGCGUCGCUUUUAUAUCCCAGUGUUCAUCAUAAUAAAAACUCUUUAUCAUUGUUAUUGUCAAAGGUGUCUGUAGAACGAUGUUGCUUUUUAAUUGGGCUGAGCCAAUCCCUAAACAACUCACCCCUUACUCACCCAUCCUAGUCCCUCAUCCAGCCUAGUCACUCAUCUAAAUGUAUUUUGAACUAUUGUCGUACUCUGAUUUUUCCUCUGUGCCUUAUCACCUUUUUAAAUAACAUUUUGGUCCGUCUGUUGAUGUCAUGGGAGCUCCUCUGAUUUCUCGCUGGUGAAAUCCUCCUGGUAAAACUCUCCAUUGACUUAAAUGUUCUAUUUAUAUAUAUGUUUUGUUAAUAUUUUGAAGUGUAUACGUCAUAUUUUAGCAUGCACUUCCUGGUUUGAUGCACAGUCAGUAUGAAAGGCUUGAAUUCCUUGUGUGUGUGUGCGCCCCAUUUGGUAUUUUUGAUGCAAUUCAUGUCUACUCUCUUACUUGUGUAUUACCAAAUGUUUUGUCAUAAUAUUUUAGAGAAUGUUUUCAGUCCAGGACUUUAAUGUUACUUCUGAAAGAUAGCGAGCAGUAGAGCUGUGUGUUAAUGUGAGAUUUGAUUCCAGCUGAACCAAAACAAUUUCAUGAUGCAAGUGUGGUAACUUUUGAUCAGUAAUAUAUUCUGAUCAAAUAUUACAAUGUCAUCGAUUGUCUAACCAAAUUGUCUACAGAUUAUUGUACAAGUAUGUUAAAAUUGUGUUUUCAACAGUUUCUUUCUCUAACACUAAAUGGGGGUUAUUACUCUUAAACAUUUACUUUUUACUGCAAAACAAAGUGAAGCUUUACAAUCUGCCAACAUUUGUAUAACCUGACCAACGCAUCUGCCUGAAAUCUAGUCACAGGCCUUAAGAAAUACAAAAGCCUGAAAAAUAAAUCUGUUCAUUUUCUUCUUUUCUUCUCUUGAAUAAACCAAGGAAAGCUACAUUUAUACUAAAGAGAAAUGUCUGUACUUACGUUGAACCUAGAAUAUGGAAUAUGUUUUAUGUAAAAGCUCCAAUUUCAAUGUUUAAAAUGGGGGGGGGGAAAACAUGCAAUGUAUGUUAAAUAGGAAUGUAUUAUCUGACCUUUUUGAUAUUUCAUCUCUUGUUUCAUGGAAGUGGCAUUUUGCCUGGGAAUUAUUUAUGGUAUAUUUUGGUAAUGUUUGCUUGAUGUAUCAAAAUGUCUUAACGUAUAUCAAAAUGCCUUUUUAAUGAACUGUUGUGUAAAUAAAAAAUUUAAAGUAUUGAAAAAAUAAAGCUAACGGAAAAUGGUGAA